AUGUUUUUCCCUUUUAAUAAUACAAAUCAAUUAAAAUGGCAAGGGUAUCAAAAUUCAGCUGGUGCUGUUUUAGAAGCUUUUAAAUUAGCAAAAACAAAUUAUACUGCUUUAAAUGAUAUUGAUGUUACAUAUAAAUGGUUAUAUAAUGAAUGUGUCAUGUCAACAGCUAUGGGAAAUUUUUUUGAAAUGAUAACUUCUGAAAAUGAUAGUAUUGAUGUUAUGUUUGGUCCAGCAUGUUCAGAAACAGCAACUUUAUGUGGAAGUAUUGCUACAUAUUAUAAUUUUCCAAUUUUUCUUUAUGGUUUAAGUAGUGUUUUUAGUUCAUUUGAGGAUACAUCAUUAUAUCCAACAGUUGUAGCAGUUAUGCCUAUCUAUAAAGAUGGAGCUCGUGCUUUAACUAAUAUUUUAUUAAAUUAUGAAUGGACUGAUAUAUCAUUAGUUUAUAUCAAUUCAAUUGAAAUGUUAAGAAGAUGUGAAAAAUUUGCUAAUGAAUUUGAUUCAUAUAUAUCUAGUGAUAUUAAUAAUAUUGAUAUUGUUUAUAAAAAACUUAUUUCUAAUUUUUCAUCUUCUAAUUUAGCAAAUAUUGCUAAAACUAUAAGUACAGUAUCAAGAAUUAUUGUUAUUUGUAUUGGUGAACAAGAAAAAAUUAGAAAAUUAAUGUUAGCUUUUUAUGAUAAUGGUAUGAAUAAUGAUGAGUAUGUUUAUAUUAAUUGUGAUGUUGAUAUGGAUAUUUAUGUUAAUAGUGAAAAUAUAUUACUUUUAAAAGAUUAUAACAUUCCACCAGAUGGUAGAGAUAAUGAUUUAUUUUCAAUGUAUACUUAUAUGUUACAUUUUCAAUAUUAUAUUACAGGUGGAUUGUCUGAUUCUUAUAAUGAUUUAAGAUUAAAUAUGCCAAAAUAUAUGGCACAACCACCAUUUAAUUGUACAACUGAAUGUGAAAUGUUUAAUGUUUCUAGUAUUUAUGCACCAUAUCUUUUUGAUGCUGCUUAUGUUUAUUAUGCUUGUUUAGCAAAAGCAAUUGAUGAUAAUAAUGAUAAAAAACCAUUUAAAGAUAUAGCUAGAGAUGGAAAAUUAAUUGCUAAUUAUUCAACUAAUACUUUUCAAGGAAUAACAGGAGAAUUUUCUAUUAAUAGUUAUUAUAUAAGAAAUACUUUAAUGUCUUUAGGAACAUAUUUUAAUGAUGGUUUAAAUGUUACAAAUUGGGUUGAGGUAAAUGUUGUUGAAGGAAAAAGUGAAUUAAAAUUAUUAUAUACAGAUCCAACAACAUCAAUAUGGAAAAUAAGAGGUGGUAAAAAACCAUUAAAUGAACCUGAAUGUGGUUAUACAAAUACAAAAUGUCCAUAUAAAUUUAUUCAAGAAAAUCCUGUAGCAUUUGGUUUUAUAAUAUUUGGUGGUGUUAUAAUAAUUACAAUAAUAAUAUUAAUAUUUAUUUAUUUUUAUAUACAAAAAAAAAGACAAGAAGAAAAACAAAAUGAUAUGUGGAAAAUAAAUUAUCAAUCAUUAACAAAAUAUGAAGAUUAUGAAAAAUCAUUAUCAUUAGAACAGUCAAAAAAAUCAAUAACAUCAUCAACUAAUGUAUCAACAAAAUUAUUAACAAAAUAUAAUCCUGAAGGAAGACAUAGAUUAUAUGUUUAUAAUAAUGAAUAUGUUAUGGCAAGACUUCAUGAUUGUUUUUAUAUGUUAACUAAAAAAGAUAUGGCACAUUUAAGAUCAUUAAGAAUGUUAGAUCAUGAUAAUGUUAAUAAAAUAAUAGGAUUUUCAUUAAAUGGUCCAGCAUUAAUGUCAAUAUGGAAAUUUUGUUCUAGAGGAAGUUUAGUAGAUAUUCUUACUAAUGAUAAUCUAAAUAUUAAUAUUGAUGGAUUUUUUAUUUAUUCAUUAAUAAAAGAUACAGUUGAAGGAUUAUAUUUUAUUCAUCAUUCAGUUAUUGAAGUACAUGGUAAUUUAUCAUCAAGAAAUUGUUUAAUUAAUGAAAGAUGGCAAGUUAAAUUAUCUGACUAUGGUUUACCAUUUUUAAGAAUUUUUGAAGAAAAUAAACAAGAAUAUUUAUUAUGGACAGCACCUGAAGUUUUAAGAUUUGAUAUUUCUUAUCCAAAUAAAGAGUCUGACAUAUAUUCAUUAUCAAUUGUCUUAGCUGAUUUAAUUAAUAAAGGUAUCUCUUUUGAUAAUGAUGAUGUUAGAGGAGGAGCUGAAGAAGUUAUAUACCUUCUUAAAAAUAAAAAAUCUAAUCCAUUUAGACCUAAUCUCGAUCCAGCAGUUGAAGAUAUCCCAUCUGCAAUGUUACAUUUAAUUAGAGAUAUGUGGGCUGAAGAUCCAUCUAUAAGACCAAAAAUUGAUGUUAUAAGAAAACUAGUAAAACAAAUGAAAAUUGGUAAAAGUUCAAAUCUUAUGGAUCAUGUAUAUAGCAUGCUUGAAAAUUAUGCUGCAUCUCUUGAAGAAGACAUACAAAGUAGAACAAAAGAAUUGGUGGAAGAAAAAAAAAAGGCUGAUUUAUUGUUAUCGAGGAUGUUACCAAAAGCUGUUGCAGAAAAAUUAAAGGCAGGGCAAACAAUACAACCAGAACAUUUUGAUUCAGUUACAAUAUUUUUUUCGGAUAUUGUUUCAUUUACAACAUUAGCUAGUAAAUGUUCAGCUCUUCAAGUUGUUGAUUUAAUGAAUGGACUUUAUACAAUGUUUGAUUCUAUUAUUAAUGAACAUGAUGUUUAUAAAGUUGAAACUAUUGGUGAUGGAUAUUUAUGUGUUUCAGGUUUACCAGAAAGAAAUGGAAAUAGGCAUAUUAAAGAAAUUGCUAAUUUAAGUUUAGAAUUGUUAAAACAAAUUCCUGGAUUCAGAAUUGAUCAUUUACCUAAUGAAAAAAUAAGAAUCAGAAUUGGAAUUCAUUCAGGGCCUUGUGUUGCUGGAGUUGUUGGUUUAACAAUGCCUAGAUAUUGUCUUUUUGGUGAUACUGUAAAUACAGCCAGUAGAAUGGAAAGUAAUGGUAAACCAAAUCAUAUACAUAUGUCAAAUGAUGCUCAUAAACUUUUAACAGAAAAAAUUGGUGGUUUUGUUACAGAACCACGUGGUGAAGUACUUAUAAAAGGAAAAGGUGUUAUGGAAACAUUUUGGUUAAUUGGAAAAGUAGGGGAAGUUUCAACAAAUUCAACAAAUGGGAUGUAUACAGAUUACAAAAAAGAACCUGAAUAA